UUUCAUAUUCAAUAUUAACUUCACUCUUCAUCAAGUCCAUCUCAUCAGUUUAUCGAGUUGAAUUUCACCUUAAAUUUUCCAACAUUCAUUUAUUCAGUUAAUAUUGAACAAAAUAUGAUCAUCUCAUUGCCAUCACACUAAGCCAUUUGGAUUUAACAACUAAAGUCAAGUUUACUAAUCGCUCAACGACCAACAAUCAAAAUGAAAUUUAUAUUCACCAUCUUGGUUCUGCUUUCAUGUACAGCAUUCACACUAACCAAACCAAGAAUGAAGCGAUCGCCAUACGAGUUAGCAAUGGAUGCUGACUUGUUGUUAACUGAACCAAUCAAGGAAACUUUCUCAUGUGAAGGACUCAAGUAUGGUUAUUAUGCUGAUGUUGACAAUGAAUGUAAAAUAUUUCACAUUUGCUAUCCUCGACAAUUGGCUGAUGGAAGUGCCAUCAUGGAGCAUUACAGUUUCAUUUGUGGAAACCAAACCAUCUUCAACCAAUACUCGCAAACCUGUUCACAUCCAGACGACGCUGUUCCUUGUGAACAAUCAAGGGAAUUUUACUAUCUAAAUGAACGUUAUGGUGUUGCAGAGGAAAACUUUCACCGCGAUGAAGACGUAAAUGCAUACAAUAACAUUGUAAGUGAAUAUGGUUCAAGAAGACGAACAUCAAAUUAAAUUUGAUUAACAAUACAAAGUAUCAAUGGUCAACUCUGUUUUCAUUUGUUCAAAUGAUGACCGUUUUUGUACACAUCAAAAGUGAUUAUUGUUUCAAUAAAAAUGAAAAGUGUUUUUGAAA